GAGGAUGUGGCUCUAAAAAGACAGAAAAACAAACAAAACAAAAACAAAAAACCUCCCUCAUUCCAAUUCCAGCCUCAUCAAGCACUUUCCUCCAUCCGUGGCUCAAGUCCAGAGACUGAGCAAGCGGAGCUGCGGGUGGCUUCACAGCUGUGGGUGGGUUGGACUGCAAACCCACAGUACCUGGUCUCCAUCUCUGCUGUCCCCACCUCCCCAGGGUUUGGCUGCAGAGGCUGGGGAUGGCUUCUGGAUCCUACCGCAAGGAGGUGUGGAGGGAAACUGGGAUCCAAACCAAGCUCCCCAAAGCUAGGUCCUCUGUGGGUUCCAGAGUCCCCCUGAUUGGCCGCGGUGCAGCAUGGGCAGGGAGAGUGUUGGAAGCCUCCUGUCUGUCUAUCUUUCUUUCCCUUUUAAGUUUUAUUUUAAAUUCUGUUGAAGUAUAGAUUGACAAUAUUGUGUUAAAUUUGCUCUACAGCUAAGUGACUCAGUCACAUACAUGUAUUUUUUCAUAGUCUUUUCCAUUAUGGUUUAUCACAGGAUAUGUAAGAUAGUUCCCCGUCCACGUUUCUUGAAAGCUAGAAAGCUCCCCUCCGCCUCCUCUACUCCCUGCCGCCAGGCACUUCCCUCAAAACCCACCUGCGAGGCCAUUGUAUUUAAGGGCAAGUGAACGAUGAAGCCAGAGAAGCCAGACCGGCGCCAUGUUUGAUAAGGUCAAUGGGUGGCGCCCUUAAGGGCAACCAGUGGCAACUGAAGCCAGGAAUAUCGCCAUAUUUUCUGAAGGUACCUUCCGGGUCCCUCAACCCGGUUGUCUAAAUCGAAGCUGCCCGUGAAGUGAAUAAACACCGAGGGGGGUCUGUUUGUCCGCAUCAGAAUCCUGAAUCCCAAACCGCCAGUCCUUGCUCCCUCAGUCCCUCGGCCGCGCUCGGAAGCCGAGGCUGGGCGGGGCCGGGUUCGGGAGCCCUUCCUGCGGACGACGAAAGCUGAGGCCGGGCGCGGGGACCAGGCGGCCGCUGCUCGGGGCUGGGAGGCCCCAUGGCGCCGCCUCCGGCCCGGCUCCCGGUGCUGAGACCGGGGGAUACUGGGCCGGGUUGCAAGAAGCCCGCGGCCGUGAGGUUCGCGGACGUGGCCGUGUAUUUCUCCCCGGAGGAGUGGGGGUGUCUGCGGCCCGCGCAGAGGGCCCUGUACCGGGACGUGAUGCGGGAGACCUACGGCCACCUGGGCGCGCUCGGAUUCCCAGGCCCCAAACCAGCCCUCAUCUCUUGGAUGGAACAGGAGAGUGAGGCUUGGAGCCCCGCCGCCCAGGAUCCUGAGGAGGGGGAAAGCCUGGGAGGACCUCUGAGAGGAGAUGCCGCAAACCAAAAGGAAGAUGAACCCGAGGCAGGGCCAGGAGCCAAAGGACCCAGAAAGACGUCCGGAAAGGAGAGGCCCGAAGAGCUGGUUAAACACACCCCGGACUCGACCAUCAGCAAAACCUCGACCAGAGCACAGACACCCAGGAACGCUGCGCAGGACCAGAGCACAGGUGCUCAGCCCCCGGUCCCGGUCCCCGGCGGCCCCGGCGGCGGCGUGGAUGCUCAGGCCAGCCAGCGGCGCCACGUGUGCGCGGACUGCGGCCGCCGCUUCACCUACCCGUCGCUGCUGGUCAGCCACCGGCGCAUGCACUCCGGCGAGCGGCCCUUCCCCUGCCCCGAGUGUGGCAUGCGCUUCAAGAGGAAGUUCGCCGUGGAAGCGCACCAGUGGAUCCACCGCUCCUGCUCUGGCGGGCGGCGGGGCCGGAGGCCUGGGAUCCGGGCUGUGCCUCGGGCCCCGGUCCGAGGUGACCGGGACCCGCCAGUGCUGUUCCGCCACUACCCGGACAUCUUCGAGGAGUGCGGCUGAGCGGCUCCCGCACGCUGCCCUUGACGGAGCCUGACCUGGGCUCUAAGGACUGACUGGUCCCUGAGGGAAACUCCUGUGUCAGGACCUAAAAUUCGUCCCUUGGGCCUCCCCCAGGGAUCCCUCAAGUUUCCAAGCUUGUAAAAAGAAAAGUGCCUGUAAAGAUUCAAAUAGAUUCAACUCGACACCCCCUCUCCCCAGUCUUUCUAAACAAAUGAAGGGAGUGAGAUGCUUGGACUUUUCUCAGCGUUAUCUCAGUAGCAGGGGCAACCAAGAUCAUGUGCAAACACUGUCUCCAAAAAUCAGCCCAGCGCUUAUCUGCAGCAGAGGGAAACGCUGCUGAGGGGACAAAGGCUGGAGAGGAGGCCGCGGAUGCAAGGCAUGGCUAAACCCCGCCUAACUGACAGCCCCAGGAAGCCCUGCCAGUGACGUGGGUGCAAAGCAUACAGAAACCCCAGUUGCGGACUCAUCUCUGCACCUUGCCCCCAAGGCACAGCUGGUAAGUCACACACCCUGCCUGAGCCUCAGCUCCCUCCUCUGUAAAAUGAAGAUCAAUAAAAUCUACCUCAAAGGGUUACUGUGAAGACUGCAAUUGUAACAAGAUUAUGUAUGGCAUAGUAAAUGUGCAAUAAACAUUUGUUGAAAGAGUGAA